UUUUUACUUUGGCAGCCACUCACUUAUUCAGCCAUUCAUCUGCGCGCCUGUGUGUCUGCCAUGGCGAUGCCCACUGCUCUCAAGGCCUUAACUUUCUUAUUUGUGCUUGCAGUUCUUGAACCAGAUCAGGCAGAAGGGCGGCAUCAUCUACCUGAUUGUCCUUCUUUCUCGUGUGGCCCUCUUGGAAACGUAUCGUCUCCAUUUCGUCAGGCAAGUGAUCCACCUGGCUGUGGCUAUCAAUCUUAUGAGCUGGUUUGCAGUGAUACCAAGGCUAUGAUUCACAUCGGCGAUGCGACAUACUAUGUGUCUGACAUCAACUACAGUGGUUCUUCCUUCUGGGUCAUCGAUGCCAACAUGGAUUUACACAACAGCUGCCCUCUACCUCAGUGGAAUCCUCCAUACCCACCCGACAACAUGGAAAUCGAAUUGAGCCCCCUUGUAUAUAGUUGGGCUUACUUUGUAAAAUGCUCUCAGGAAGUAAAGGGCACUGGUACGUACAUGCCUGUUGCUUGCCUAAGCACCAAUGAUUCUUUUGUUUACGUGUUAACUGGCUACGGGUCUACAUAUAUGAAGUAUCUUGAACCUUCUUGUGGGUACUUGGCCCGGACUCCUCGGCCGUGGGAUGGUCCGAUGCUAGAAAAUGCAAGUUAUGCAGAUGUUGUGAAAUCCACGAGGAUUGGAUUUGCUGUUCAGUUUCCUUAUCCUAGGGAGAGCAUCAAGAAAUGCCUAAUAGACAGUUUUUGGCCCUUCUAUAAGCCACCAGUCUCGAGUAAAGAAGGCAUCAAGUUACGUAUGGUCUUUAGUCUUGUGAAUGAUGUUGCUAAGUGUAGUCAUACUAACCGUCUUCUGGAUUUUGAAGUGGCUGUGUUGUGCAGGUUCGUGUUGGCACCACUGGUUGUGUUGAUUUUUCUAGCCUACAAGUACUGGAAAACAAGAAUAACAAUUGAUGCAGUCGAGAAGUUCCUCCGAAUGCAGCAAAUGCUUGGUCCGACGAGGUACGCCUACACCGACAUCACUGCAAUCACAAGCCAUUUCAGAGAUAAGCUGGGUCAGGGAGGCUAUGGCUCCGUGUUCAAGGGUGUGCUAUCACCAGGCAAUGUCCAUGUCGCGGUCAAAAUGUUAAAGAGUAACUCCAACUGCAAUGGAGAAGAUUUCAUCAAUGAAGUCUCAACCAUUGGCAGGAUCCACCAUGUCAAUGUGAUACGUCUCAUGGGGUUCUGCCCGGAAGAAAUGAGACAGGCGCUAGUCUACGAGUACAUGCCUCGAGGUUCUCUGGACAAAUACAUCUUCUCAGCCAAGAAGGGUUUCUCCUGGGACAAGCUCAUCGAGAUUGCUUUGGGCAUCGCCAGGGGGAUUGACUACCUGCAUCAGGGGUGUGAGAUGCAGAUUCUACAUUUUGACAUCAAGCCACACAACAUCCUUCUUGACAGCAAUUUUGUCCCAAAAGUUGCUGAUUUUGGUCUCGCCAAACUGUACCCAAGGGACAAGAGUUUUGUGCCAUCGAGAGCCCUACGGGGAACUGUUGGGUACAUAGCUCCUGAGAUGAUCUCUCGGAGCUUUGGUGUCAUAUCGAGAAAGUCUGAUGUUUACAGCUUUGGGAUGCUGCUGCUGGAGAUGGCUGGAGGAAGAAGGAACGCGGACCCAAAUGCAGCGAACUCGAGCCAAGCAUACUACCCAUCGUGGGUGUAUGACAAGCUAACUCAACAAGACAAUAUUGGUGAGGUAUCUGCUCAUGUUGAUACUGAGAUGCACGAACUGGAGAGGAAGCUGUGUAUUAUUGGACUUUGGUGCAUUCAGAUGAAGUCUCAUGAUAGGCCAACGAUGAGUGAGGUUAUAGAUAUGCUCGAAGGUAGCGUCGAUGCAUUGCAGAUGCCUUCCAGGCCAUUCUUCUGUGAUGAAGGGCAUGCCAAUACCGAGAAUACUUACCACUUGUUGUCCGAGCUGACGGAAAUCUCCGAGGAGGAUAUGAGUGAAAAUAUUGGUGUGUGACAAAAUGUACGAUGAAGUGAUGCACUUACCUCACGUGGAAACAAAAUUAUGGCUGUAAUUAUAUCAAGUACAGUAUGAAAUAAUCUCCUGUGUUUCAACAAGUAUUUUCAGGCCAUCUUGUAUAUGAUGUUUUGCUUCAGCGGUUGCUAAUCAGAUGUGUGUUUCCUGCUAUGCUUAAACUUAUAUCUGAACUAUUUCUGUGCUUUGAUGAAACCUGAGCCAUCA